AUAUACAUUGAACUCUGACGGUUGUUGGGUUUCGAUGAUGAAGAACUGAUAUGACAGCUUAAGAGGGGGAUUGGUAAUUAGAUAAGGUCCGCAAAUUUGAGGAAGUCACAGGCUCUUCAAUUGAUAUAUGAAACCUCCUGGGGUCGAAUUGAGCAGCUAAGGGCUAAGGUGUUUGUGCUGGGGAACUGGUUGUGUGAGCAAGCACAGAGUAUGCCUUUCAAAGAAUUCUUCACUGAAUAUGGCGAGGCAAGUCAAUACGAAAUCCAAGAGGUCGUUGGCAAGGGAAGUUACGGGGUUGUUGCUGCUGCAAUUGACACUCAUACAGGAGAGAAGGUGGCUAUUAAGAAGAUCAGUGAUGUUUUUGAGCAUGUUUCUGAAGCCACUCGUAUCAUGAGAGAAAUAAAGCUCCUUCGCUUGCUUCGCCACCCUGAUAUUGUAGAAAUAAAACAUAUAAUGCUGCCUCCAUGCAGUAGAGAGUUCAAAGAUAUCUAUAUUGUAUUUGAGUUGAUGGAAUGUGACCUUCACCAUGUAAUUAAGACAAAUGACAACCUGACACCUGAGCAUUAUCAGUUUUUUUUGUAUCAGCUUCUCCGGGGUCUAAAGUAUAUGCAUUCAGCAAAUGUGUUCCAUCGAGAUUUAAAGCCAAAGAACAUUCUUGCUAAUGCAGAUUGCAAAUUGAAACUGUGUGAUUUUGGGCUUGCUCGAGUCUCAUUUGGUGAUACCCCAUCUGCUGUUUUCUGGACUGACUAUGUGGCAACACGUUGGUACCGAGCUCCUGAACUCUGCGGUUCAUUCUUAUCAAAAUACACACCAGCAAUUGACAUAUGGAGCAUAGGAUGUAUAUUUGCAGAAAUGCUUACUGGAAAACCACUGUUUCCUGGAAAGAAUGUGGUCCAUCAGUUAGAUAUCAUCACUGAUUUAUUGGGCACCCCCUCCGCUGCUUGCAUUUCAAGGAUUCGAAAUGAAAAAGCGAAAAGAUAUUUAAGUGGCAUGAGGAAAAAGUCACCCAUUCCUCUCUCAGAAAAGUUUCCAUAUAUCGAUCAACAAGCUCUUAGAAUACUUGAGCGCUUGAUUGCAUUUGAUCCCAAAGAUCGUCCAUCUGCUGAGGAGGCACUAGCAGAUCCAUAUUUUCAUGGUUUAGCAAACGUGGAAGCAGAGCCCUCUGCUCGUCCAAUUUCCAAAUUUGAAUUUGACUAUGAAAGGAGAAAAUUGACUAAAGAUGAUGUUAGAGAUCUCAUAUACAGGGAGAUUUUGGAGUACCACCCACAGAUCUUGCAGGAGUAUAUUCAUGGCUUCGAUCACACUAGCUUUCUAUACCCGAGCGGAGUUGAUUGUUUUAAGCAACAGUUUGACAUUCUUGAGGGACACCAUGGGAAAAGUGUCAGAAAUGCUUCUUGAAACAUUUGGAAUCAGAUGCAUUGACAAACUCCUAUGGAAUUGACUAUGGAGGAAAUCCUACACAUUUACAUUUGUAAUGAAUUCUUUGGUGAUUAAAAAAUAUAAUCAUUCUUGGUGGAUUAGACCUGCAAUAGAAAAGUUAUCCAUUUCACAUAAGUUAUUCACAAGGGCACGACAUAAGAAAAAUCAGUAUUCAUUACAUUAUAAAUGUGAGGUUAUGAGACAAAAGAAAUGGAGAAUUCAAAAAUGUUUGUUCAAUCUUCUUUCAGACUUAAAUUUAAGAAAAAGAAAAAAGUUUUUUGCUUUAGUCAGGAAAA